AUGCUCUGUAAGUGCUUUGGGGGUUGUGCUCAGCCGGCUGUGAAAGCAUGUGUGUGUUUAGUUGGUGAGACCACCUCCCGUCUCUCCUCUUGCUUUCUGUUAGACAGCAGGUGGAUUCCCAUACUAACAAGAAGACGCAGAAGAAUCCUGCAUCAGUCAGCGGUCCGCACAUCUGGAAUGAUGGGAGUGGCCCAUGGCAAGAAAGUAGAUCAUAAUCAUCAGAAUCAUAACUCCGGCUGUGCUCAACCACUUAUUGGACCUUGUGAAUCAGAUUUAGUCUGUGAUGUUGGAUUUGUGAUGGACUCUGAUCAGAGACGGGGAAGAGAAGAGGAGUUGGACCCGAGGCAUCUGCUUCUUGAGCAGACAGGCAGCGGUUACUACGACGAGCUCAUCAGGGCCAAAAAGAUCCACAAUCCCAUUAAAGCAUCCAAGAACCACCAGGAGCUCCACAGAGAGCUGAUUAUUACACACAAAAGAGGAGGAUUGGAGAAGCCGGAGUUACAGAAAGUUCUGGAACAAAGGAACAAAAAUCAGGUCUUGAAGCAGGAGAAAAAACAAGAAGUGGCGAAAUCUCCUUUGGAGCAGGAGUUAUUAAAGAGGCACAUGAGAUUAGAGAAGCUUGAGAGAGAGGAGGAGAAGAAGAGGGAGAUGUCUCAAUGUGCACCUGAGUUCAUACAGGUCAAAGAGAAUCUGAAGAGCACAGCAAGUAUAUAGUAGCCUACAUCACAAACAGUGAGCUGUACAUCAGUAUUAUGAAAUAGUUUAAUUAUGAAAUAAGCACUUGCAAUUGCCUAAUAAACUAAAAUUUUAAUAAAUAUAUUGUAAAUAUUGUGCACCAGAUGAAAUUUUGUUCAAUGUUGGAUUCAAUUAUUUAGUAUGCAGUACUAUAGUAUUCAAUUCUAGAUGUAACCAUUAACCAAGGGGACAUAUCAUGAAAAUAUGACUUUUUAAGUGCUAUAAUUGGGUCCCCAGUGCUUCUAUCAACAUAGAAAAUGGGAAAAAGAUCAACCCAGUAACAAGUUUUGGUAAACCAUUCUCUCCAAACAUGUGAAAAAAUAGGUCAUUGAAAUUUGGUCCCCCUUGUGAUGUCAGAAAGGGAGAAUAAUGCCCCUUAAUCUGCGCUAUCUAACCACUGCUAUUUAGUGCAGAGAUCAGCUCAUUUGCAUUUAAAAGGACACACCCAAAAACACAAGGGGAAUUUUUUGCUCACACCUACAAAGUGUCAAUUUUAACAUGCUAUAAUAAAUGAUCUAUAUGGUAUUUUGAGCUAGAACUUCACAUACAUACUCUGGGGACACCAAAGAUUAAUUUUACAUUUUAAAAAAAGUCUUGUGAAAUGUCCCCUUUAAAAUAGAAUUGAUUUCUUAUUCUGAUUAAUCUUUUGAAAAUAAUUCUUACAAAUAUUAUAUAAAUAAACUAUUGUUAUCUUGAUGUAUCCUUCAUAUUUAAGUGAUCUUUUACAUCUUAUUGAGUUUUCGAAUCGAUGAUGACAUCAUAAAUUGCAUAAUUUUCAUCUUACAAAUGUGCUCGACAUAUGUGACCCUGGACAACAAAACAAUAAGUAGCACGGGUAUAUUUGUAUUUGUCAAAAUUAUUAUUAUGGAUAUUAUGUAAAGAUCAUGUUUCAUGAAGAUAUUUUGUAAAUUUCCUACAGUAAAUAUAUAAAAAAAGUAUUUUUCUGAGGGGA